AUGUUAUAUUUUGUGUUGUACCUGUUAGUCAGUGCCUUGCUACGCAACUGUUGUGUUGGAGUGAUUGCAUCUCGACACCAGCAAUGUUUUACUUUCAUGAGUGACAACUCAUCCUGUCCGGAGUCUUGGCAUUACUGGGGAAACUCAUGCUACAAGAUCACUGAGACGAGAUUUAGUUGGUCAGAUGCUAGAGACGAGUGCAGAAACCUGGGUGGUGUUCUGGCGGUACCGAGCUCUGAUCAAGAAAACGAAGUAAUCGUGAACUGGGUACCAGAUGAUAGCAAUGUAUGGAUCGACUGUAAUGAUCAAGAGGUGCGGGGGAUAUGGAAGUGCAGAGAGGGUAACGUAGAGAUCACCUACAGAAACUGGGAUCCUACUCAACCUAACAACAAAGUAAAUGAACAAUGUGUAGUCCUUUCUACGAUGUGGGAAAUGAAACGCCAGUGGUUUGACGUGAGUUGCCAGCGGGAUAAUAAGGCUGUUUGCAAAAUGGCCGCCAGACCAUUCCUUCAAGUAUGCUGCAUUGGGGUGGUUGCAUCUCAAGAUCAGCAAUGCUUUGUAUUUAUGAGUGACGACUCAUCCUGUCCGGAGUCUUGGCAUUACUGGGGAAACUCAUGCUACAGGGUCACUGAGACGAUAUUUACCUGGUUCAAAGCUAGAGACGAGUGUAGAAAGCUUGGUGGUGUUCUUGGUGUACCAAGCUCCAAUCAAGAACACGAGUUUAUAGCGCAACUGAUUCCAACUGAUGGUAUGGUAUGGAUUGACUGUAAUGAUCUGGAGGUGGAGGGAAGAUGGAAGUGCAGAGAGGGCAAUGUAGAGAUCGCUUACAGAAACUGGGAUGAUGGAGAACCGAAUAGCGAUACGGAUGAAAAUUGUGUGGCCCUGACUAAGAGGUGGGGAAGUAAGGGAAAGUGGCAUGAUGUGAAAUGUGAUAAGCCAAUACCACCUCUUUGCAAAAUGGCUGUCAGACCAGUCCUUCACGUGUGA